UUACACUUAUUAUUGGACUUGAUGAUGAAGGAUAUUUGUCGAAUUUGUGGAAGGGAGCUUUGUGGAAAUCAACGAAGAUGGAUUUUUCAUACAGCUACCAAGCUAAAUCUUCAGGUUCUAUUAACUCAUGUUUUGGGUAAGGAGAUUUUACGUGACGGUCAAGCUGAGUUUGUCUGCAGUAAAUGUGCAUUCAUGCUGGAACGGUUUUUCAGAUUUGACACUGUGAUUGCACGGAUUGAAGCUCUCUCCAUUGAGAAAUUACAGAAACUAAUUUCUGAGAAGGAUAGGCUUAAACAUUGUCUUACUAGUAUCUAUAGAAAGAACAACAAUGAAGAUGGUCAAGAGGCCAAAUCUGUGCACAGCACAAUCAAGACCUUAAACCGCGCCGAUAUCCAAUGCUCAUAUUCUGCUCUUUUACAAGAAGACUUUGCAUAUUCUGGUUCUGAAUACUGGACAGAAUUGGAAGACUAUGGCCAAGCAAUACAGAAUUGUUCCCAUACUGUGGGUUCUGGAACUCUUCCACGAAAAUGCCAUUUUUGUUCCUCUUUAAGAGUAGCUGAUGCUGACUAUGAGGCAGUUUGUAAAGUACCAAGAAGGAUUGUCCAGAAUAUUGCUUGUGGGAAUUUUUCCAUGGGCACUAGCACAUUAUCAGACUGCGAGGGUGCAAAUGUCAACAUAUUAGACAGAGAUGGAUUGGAUAGAUUACCAUCUGACCAUUCGGUUGAAUCUCCUACUGAAACCAAAGAUCCAGCCUUCGGUAUGCAAGAAGCUGAGGAAAAAAUCAAUCUAAGCAUAGGAAAUAAAUUAGAAGUUGUGCUUAGUCUUGCUAAAAUGUUAUACUACAGACCUGUUCAGAGCCCAAGGGGAAGUAAAAUACCUAUAAAAAACAGUAUGGCGUUGAAGUCAAACAACAUUCUUAACACCUGUGACACCAGUAUUUCAAACACAGUGACUGGUUUCCUGGAUAGCACUAUGGACUAUUCUAAGGUGUCUGAUGACUUCAUGAUAACUGAUCUUUAUGUCCUGUGGCAAAACAUCUAUGAAGACUAUAUUCCACUUCACUCCCAGAAUCUUGUUGACAAAAAAAAUCGGGAUACUAACCAGUAUGGAGCUUUACUUGAGAAACAGGUUUCCAUGCUGCAGAACGCUGAAGUGGAGAUUCAAUCUCUUAAGGAAAAAUUACAAGAGUCUCAAGACACCAUUGAGAUGCUGCAGGAUGCUCAGCGGCAGUUGACUGCUAAGAAGAACAGUGAGCAAGAGGUAGUACAGGAUCAAGAACGUAUCCUGCAGUGUUUAAGGGAGACUCUCCAGAGUAAAGACCAAGAGGUGGUGGAAUUAUAUCAAAUAAUAAGCAAUCACGAGGAUACCAUUGCUAAACUGCAGGAUAUGCUUCUGAAAAGUCAGAGUGAGCAUUUACAAUUUUUUCAGGUAAUGCCGACACAGCUGGACUUUUUAGACCUGCAAAACACAUUGCUUCUAACUCAGAUGGAACUUCAAAAAAAACAGAUGGCACUUACACAGAAAGGACAUCAACUAACUGAUGCUAAAAGGUUUCAGCAGUUGCUAGAAGUUCAAUUAUUAGAGGGAAAACAGCAGAAGGAAACUACAUGGAAACAUAACCAGGAACUGCACAGAGCUUUGCGUAAAAUACAAAAAGAACUGCAGGAGAAGAACCAAUACCUUAAACAUGUAGAAGAAGAGAAAUGCACAAAACUAGCAGCUCAGGAACAGAGUAUCCAGAAACUAAAAGAAACUGUGUCAAAGAAAGACCAGAUGUUACAAGAAUACAUGGAUGUAUUAAGCUAUAAACAGAGCUUGAAAGAAAUUCCAGGUGGUAAUGAACAUACUCUGGAAAAAUUACGGCAGAGAAUCAGAGACCGAGAUACUGCUUUAGAGCUGGCAGUGGAAAGCAAAUUCUUUGCUCUUGAAGACAAAGAGAAUGAGGUGCAUCAGCUAAAACGGAUUAUACGGGAGAGAGAGCAAGACAUAGAAAGGCUGACUAACGUUCUUUCUGGAAAUGAAGAAACAAUAAAUAGUUUGGACAAUCUUGUGAAAGCCAAGGAUUUGGAACUGGAACAAAUCUCUGUUGCUUACAAAGACCUGCAAUGGUUAAAACAGGAAACAGAGGAAAAAUACAGAUGUUCUCUGAGUGAGAAGGAGUCCGUAAUACUGCAGUUGCAGAGAUCUUUUCAAGAGAAGGAAAAGGAGUCUGAGGAGUUGACGACUUGCUUUCUUGCAAACUCAAAUACUGGCAAUGCUGAGAUAAUAGAAGAGCUUACAAAAUGUUUACAGCGGAAGGAAGAAAUGCUACAGGGUGCUGUAUUAGCUCAAAAACAACAAGCUGAAGACCACAUGAAAGAGAUGAUGGAAAUGCUGACCAUUGCCUUUACACAGAGUCCCUCAGUUCACACUGCCCCGAUCUACAUUAAAAACAUGGAUGCCAAGGAUAAUUCAAAUGUCUGGUUACCUGAUGGGUCUGUUUUCUAUUUAAAAGAGAGUGAAAACGAAAGAACAGAAAGCCUAAGGACAGAUCUUGUUAGAGCUCAAGAAGACUUAAGAAUUGUAUUAAGAAAAAUGAGAGAGUAUCAGUUGGAAGUGUCUGCCCUACAAUCUAUCAUCAUGAAGCAAAACGAACAACUGCGGGAUCAAGCCACCGAUAUAGACACUUGCACUAGAAACAUUCAGAUUAAAGAAGAUCUAAUUAAGGACCUUCAAACGAACUUGGAUGAUAGAGGGGACAAACCAGUUGUGGAGCUUCUUAACCAGCACAUUUUCAGUCCAAACAAGAAAAUGACCUCCAUGUACUGUACCUACCAGGAAAAACUUAGACACACUCAAAAGGUGUCUACACUCUGGAAGUUACUUGAAGAACUCAUUGCAAACAAAACAAGACUAAGUGAGGUACUACAAACUGAGAAGCAGAUUUAUAGCUGCUUAAUUAAAAGUCACACCGACUGUGACAGUGUUAGUUUCAGUUCCAAAAUUCUCAAUGAGCUUCUGGCUGUACAGGCACUGAGGAGUCAGCUUGAAGAAACCUUGAUGAGAACAAUCGAACAACUAGUUUCCAUGCAGUCGGAAGACAUAUUUGUAUCUGGUUUUGGAGGUGGGGAAACAGAGUGUUUGAACUUUCGUAUGAAGCAUGACAACUAAUACCAGAUUGUUUGCACUGCUUUUUUUAACUGGAGUGAAUUGUGUUGCUUAACUUUCCCAUAGAAACUUAACUAACAAGUCUGCUGAUUGAAAUAAAGUGCAUAAUUUAUUGCUAACUUAAGCUGACCAAUUUUAUGUUAGAUAUUAUUUAUUUUAGCUUUCCUCAUAAUACAUAUAAUUUAAUACAUUUAGAUGA